AGCAUUUUGCUCAUAAACCUCCUGCCCAUCUCGCCUUAGACAUGUCGUCUAAGAUCCUGAUCGGCGCUGCCCUGGCCGGCACCUGGGCUUUCACAGCGCCCUCCGCCCCACGAACCGCAGCUCCGGGGCUCCGCGGGGCCAGCGCCAGAAGUGCCCGCAGCAGCUCUAGCAGCAGCGCCAGCGCUGUGGGCGUUGGCGGCGCCGUGGUAGCCGCAGCAGUCGCGGGCGCGCGCAGGUCCAGGGUGCCGCGCCACUCGGAUGAGGCUUACGGUGCGUCGCACACGUCCUUCUACACGGAUGCGGUGGCAAAGGACAAGUACGACACCUUAGAGGAGGUCUUGGCAGAAAAGCUGAAGGAUGAGAAGCUGAAGGGCAUGGUCAAUGAGCUGCUGGAUGCUUGUGUGAAGAUCACCGAGGCCUUGCGCGUGAAUCUGGUCACUGUGAACGAUGCCUCCAACGCCUUCGGUGACCGCCAACUCACGGUGGACGUGAUCGCGGACAACUUGCUCUGGGACUUGGCCAAGGGCUCGAAGUACGUUUGCGAGGCGUCCUCGGAAGAAGAGCCAGAGAUUGUGAAGACCAACUCGGAUGGGCAGUUCGUGCUGUGCUGGGACCCACUGGAUGGCAGCUCCAUCGUGGACAACAACUGGGCGGUGGGCACCAUCGUCGGGGUGUGGGACAAGUCCACAGGGCUCAUUGGUGCCACAGGCCGGGACCAGGUCAUGAGCAUCGUUGCCCUGUAUGGGCCUCGUACCACUGUGUUCAUCACGUUGGAUGAUGGCGUCUACGAGUUUACCCUGGGUGAUGGCAACAAGUGGAUCUGCUCCAGGGACAAGAUUCAGAUCAAGACUGAGUGCAAGAUUUUCGCGCCUGCGAACAUGCGCGCGGCUCAGGAGGUGGACGGCUACAACAACCUCAUCCAGCACUACAUGACCAACAAGUUCACUCUGCGCUAUACUGGCGGUCUGGUGCCCGAUGUGUGCCAGCAGUUCACCAAGGGCCAGGGCGUUUUCACCAACCCCACUUCCAAGGUGUCACCGGCGAAGCUGCGGCUGGCCUUUGAGGCGGCACCCUUUGGGCGGCUGGUGGAGAUGGCCGGGGGCAAGACCAGCGACGGGGUCUCAGGGCAGAGCGUCCUGGACAUGAAGAUCGAGGCGGUCGACCAGCGCACAGCUUUGGCCAUCGGCUCUGCAGAUGAGGUGACACGCUUCAACCAGAUGGUCCUGCAAAAGUAGGAGCCAGCGCCGGAAUUUUCUAUCCGCCGUGAGCCGGCGGCAGUUCUCCAAGUUUUGGUUUAACAAGUCCGCAGGAGUGAGGGCUGGCCAAUUUUCGGGAGUGCUGGAUGACGCAGAUGACAAGACGCAGCGGAC